UCAGCUUAGAGGGGGAAUCUUGCAGAUAAAAUACGAAAGCGCACUAAUAUUCGGGCAACCAAAUUAAGUCCAGGGUUGUGAAACGUAUGAGCCAUCUCUCACAUCGGAAUAUUGUUCAUCCAGGAUGACAGCGACGACGCUCCCGACCAGGUUUCUUUGAUUUGCCAUUUGCUUCACUGGGGAGCAUAUCCCAGCCGACAACCAUGUCGAAGCGCGGGAGAGGAGGUUCCUCUGGGAACAAGUUCCGUAUGUCAUUGGGUUUGCCUGUGGGCGCUGUAGUCAAUUGUGCUGAUAACACGGGCGCCAAGAAUCUCUAUGUCAUCUCAGUGAAAGGAGUGAAGGGACGUCUCAAUAGGCUUCCAGCAGCUGCUGUUGGCGACAUGGUGAUGGCUACGGUGAAAAAGGGUAAGCCUGAUUUGCGAAAGAAGGUCAUGCCUGCUGUAAUCGUUCGUCAGCGAAAGCCAUGGAGGCGCAAAGAUUGCGUUUUCAUGUAUUUUGAAGAUAAUGCCGGAGUAAUUGUGAACCCCAAGGGAGAAAUGAAAGGUUCUGCCAUUACAGGUCCAAUUGGAAAGGAAUGCGCAGAUUUGUGGCCCAGGAUCGCUAGUGCUGCGAACGCCAUUGUUUGAGUGUACUCACGCGGAUUCGCUAUCCUUGGAUGCCUCUGUCCUGCAGUAGAAAGUUUUUGAUUUAUAUUCUUUUUCAUAAUUUAAGAAUUAUACUCCACUUUUUCAGUUCCA